AUGAGAACGCCCAACUCAAGCCCGAGGGAUGCAACUUCAGCGCUUCCCUCUCCACCACCUUCAUCACCGAACGUAUCUCGCCAUAUGGCGCCCUCUCGCCGCGAACACAUGUCCGACGGUCCAUCCCUGGAAGAAGAAGAUGAGCUUGGUGUCGCGAUCGAGGUUGAGGACGGUGCCGAGGAUACUAUACCUUUGCUCUACGAGGACUCGGAGACUGUGCGAGCUCGUCGCAUCGUCGAAAGCUACAACUUCCACCGAGAACAACACAUGCAAGAUUGCGAUCGCAGGGCCUUACUCAACAGACUCUCGUCCCGGGGUAUGCAAGUGCCCUUGUUCAGGGAGUUCGUCGACAAAUGGGUAGCACGUACAUACCCGGCUAUCGAGAUGGACGCGCUGGAACACUCGAACGUGAACUGUGACAUUGCACGCCUUCUUCUGUGGCAGGGCUCGCGCCCGCGAUUUGACAAUGCCGGGCCAGAGGAUUGGAAUACCCAUGAUCAGUUUGUGGAGUGCUUGAAGAACGAGGUACAUGCGGCCACAGAUGGCUCUAUGGAUGAGGCAAAGUUGAAGGAUCUCGAAGAAACGGCGACCGCGAUCAUGGACCAGGAGUUCUGUGUUACGGGGGUGAAGCCGCAUCAGGGAGGUUUCGACGUUCAAAGUAUCGUCAAGCCCGUGCCCGGAGAGAGGAAUGGCGAGUGCGUCCGUCUCUGGUGGGACUUCUGGGGUGAGAUCCGUCGAGAGGUCCAGCUCGACUUCGUGGUCAUGAAAGACCAGCAGGCCGUACCAAUCGAGACGCCGGAGGGAUGGCAGAUCUGGAGGGUGGAAGACAGGAUGAGGCCAUGGCACCUGACGGGAGGCCAUGAACCGCUUGCAUCUCUCGAGCGACAAAUGGGGCAUGUCCAAGUCGAACCCGGGGAAGAGAAGUGGCUCUUACAGCAAGGGGACCACAUCAUGAUCGUGCGACCCGGCAAUCAGAAACCCAUCUAUCUUGAUGUCCCCGAGACUGUCUGGCCGGACGAGCGAUACGGGGAGGAAACCAAAGUCGAGGUGCUGCACUUCGAUUAG